CCGGACGCCGCCCCGGCAUGGGCGAGCACCCCAGCCCGGGCCCCGCGGUGGCCGCCUGCGCCGAGGCGGAGCGCAUCGAGGAGCUGGAACCCGAGGCCGAGGAGCGGCCGCCGGCGGAGGACCACUGGAAAGUCCUGUUUGAUCAGUUUGACCCUGGGAACACAGGCUUCAUCAGUACAGGCAAGUUCCGGAGCCUCCUGGACAGCCACAGUGCCAAGCUGGACCCACACAAGAGGGAGGUGCUCCUGGCUCUCGCCGACAGCCAUGCCAACGGGCAGAUAUGCUACCAGGAUUUUGUCAACCUGAUGAGCAACAAGCGGUCCAACAGUUUUCGCCAGGCCAUCCUGCAGGGGAACCGCAGGCUCUGCAGCAAGGCCCUGCUGGAGGAGAAGGGGCUGAACCUUUCCCAGCGACUCAUCCGUCACGUGGCCUACGAGACCCUGCCCCGGGAAAUUGACCGGAAGUGGUACUACGACAGUUAUACCUGCUGCCCCCCGCCCUGGUUCAUGAUCACGGUCACACUGCUAGAGGUUGCCUUUUUCCUUUAUAAUGGGGUGUCGCUGGGCCAAUUUGUACUGCAGGUAACCCACCCACGAUACCUGAAGAACUCCCUGGUUUACCAUCCACAGCUCCGAGCACAGGCUUGGCGUUACCUGACAUACAUAUUCAUGCAUGCGGGGAUAGAACACCUGGGACUCAACGUGGUGCUCCAGCUCCUGGUGGGGGUGCCUCUGGAGAUGGUGCAUGGAGCAACUCGCAUUGGGCUUGUCUAUGUGGCCGGUGUUGUGGCAGGGUCCUUGGCAGUGUCUGUGGCUGACAUGACCGCACCGGUGGUGGGCUCCUCUGGAGGGGUGUAUGCGCUUGUCUCUGCCCAUCUGGCCAACAUUGUCAUGAACUGGUCAGGCAUGAAGUGUCAAUUCAAGCUGCUGCGGAUGGCUGUGGCCUUGAUCUGUAUGAGCAUGGAGUUUGGACGGGCCGUGUGGCUGCGGUUCCACCCGUCAGCUUACCCUCCCUGUCCUCACCCGAGCUUCGUGGCGCACUUGGGUGGCGUGGCUGUGGGCAUCACCCUGGGUGUGGUGGUCCUGAGGAACUACGAGCAGAGGCUGCAAGACCAGUCGCUGUGGUGGAUUUUCGUGGCCAUGUACACUGUCUUUGUGCUGUUUGCCGUCUUCUGGAACAUCUUUGCCUACACCCUGCUGGACUUGAAGCUGCCGCCGCCACCCUAAGGGCCUGAAGGACCUUGGUCUGGGAGAGGAGGGAGAAGCAGCAUCAGCCUAAAGCAGCUGUAUUCUUUUUCUCAUCACCAGCUCAGUGAGGCCAGAGAGGAGAGGACAAGAGAUGCUGGGCUGCUGUAACAUUUGUGUUCAGAUCUGAACAGACCGUGGAGGCCUUCUUCUGAAGGCACCUGCUGGAGGAAUUGGAUGUAUCUUCUGUAGUUCUGAGGACCUCAGGCCAGGGCGAAGGCCUGGGGUGAGGUGAGAGGGGCCAUCCCCUCAGGCUGGGCGUGUCCCAUGUGUUCAGGGACACAGGCUGGGCAGCAGCCUUCUCCUUCAUCCACCACCCAGAGGUAACUAAGAGUGGAAGGAAGGCCCGCGGCUGUAGUAGCCAGGCAGGCCCUGUCCAGCCCAGAGGUCGCUAUGGGCCAGGAUGUGUUCCCUCCAUAGCUAUUGGGUAUGGAGCUCUGGAUUGGAAGGGGGCCUGGUGGUGGAGGAUGGUCAACUUUGGUCUGGGCUGGAGGUACCCAAGAUGCCCUCCCAUGCCUGUCGCUGGGCACUGGGGUGCCCACCAGUGGGGCUCUCUCUCAGGCCUGGAGAGAGCAGAGGGAGAUCCUACAGCUCCAGGGCCCCCCCUUUCCCCUCCUUGCCCUCGGGGUACAUGUGAGAGGAACCUGAUGAGGGAGGCAGUAACUUUUUUCAGGGCUUCCCCAAUAGCUCGGACGAUAAAGAAUCUGCCUGCCGUGCGGGAGACCCAGGUUCGAUCCCUAGGUCGGGAAG